AGGAUGUGCAUACAUUUAUGUGUGAUCUGAUACGACUCUCUCUCUGGAUAUCUGUGAGACUGAAGUCAGUCUGGAAUGAGGGCUGCCAUCAUCAUCUUCAUCUUCAUCACUCUCUGCCUGAUCUCAGGUCAGGUACUUUGUUUCAGAGUGUUUGGAUGCGCUGGAGGGAGUUUGAUGUUCAAGUGCAUGAUUUCAAACCAGAAAAAGACUGAGGAACAGCGUAAAGGAAAUUUUUUCUGCAGACGGAGGAGCUGUAUAUCAGGCAUCAGUUCUGAGCUUCAGCGUCGUUGGGUUUAUAACGGGAGAUUCGCUCUGUAUGAUGAUGGAAACAGCAGAUUCUUCACAGUGUUUAUCAGGAACCUCAGCAGAGAGGAUGAUGGGAAAUAUGCAUGUGGAAACAAUCAGAAAUGGAGUCGUGAUGUUGACUUAAAGGUGAACAGAGGUACAUGUGAUACUUUAUAACUUACUACAGCAAUUAUUUUAUAUAUUAUUAAAGGUACAUAAAAU